AGUUUGGAUUCCGAUUAUUCAGCCGUCAAGCGAACGCAACGGGAGAAUGAGUGACGACGACUAGGUGCUAACGAGUUAGCCUGUUAGCUGCUACUAUCUAAGUGUGUGUGCGCGGUGGGGGAGAUUUAAACGUGAUAUAGGAUAAUAAUACAGGGUGUAUUGACUUUUAUUUUAGCUUAACCAUCCAGGUAACACAAUUAUGCCAAGCAAAAAGAAGAAAUACAACGCCCGGUUCCCUCCGGCAAGGAUCAAGAAGAUCAUGCAGACGGAUGAAGAAAUAGGCAAAGUGGCUGCAGCAGUACCUGUUAUUAUUUCGAGAGCCCUGGAGCUCUUUUUGGAAUCAUUGCUCACAAAGGCCUGUCAUGUCACCCAGUCCAGGAAUGCAAAGACAAUGACAACAUCACAUUUAAAGCAGUGUAUCGAGCUGGAGCAGCAGUUUGAUUUCUUAAAAGACCUGGUGGCAACAGUGCCGGACAUGCAGGGUGAGGGGGAGGAGAACCACACAGAAGGGGGAGGAGAAAAAGUCUCACGCAGGGGUCGAAAACCAGGGUCCGGCCGCAAGAACGGAGGAGCAGGCUCCAAAGGCAAGGACAAGAAGUUGUCUGGCACAGAGUCAGAGCAAGAGGAUGACUCUGAAGACAGUGAGACGGACGGAGACGAAGAGGACGGCUCUCAGUCAAGCACAAACCUGCAGGCUGCAUCCAGGUUCCACAGCUCAAACGCACCCCCUCAGUUCACGCAUAUGGGCAACGAGGUCCCGAUGGGCGACAUGGCUCCAGCACAGCCCCACAGCGGCAUGGCCUUCGCCCCCCACCCUUCUAUGAUGAGCGCCGCACCGCCUCCCCCACCCCCUGCGCCGCACAAACACGAAGACGACGACGACGAUGAAGACUAUGACUCUUAGCUCCCUUUUUUUCCCCCCCCUCCUACGACACUCAAACAAACACACACGCGCUCUCGACAUAAUUUUUGAUUUCUUAAGAUGAUCCAGCGGUGGGCGAAGGACUCUUCAUCACAGCCCUCGAGAGCCGGCUAAGAACGACACCGCUGCAGGAGUUAGGAGCCUGGCUGUAUAUUAUGUGUUUUAAUUUUCUUUUUUUAAAAAGGUUUUAUUUUAUUGUAGAAGAGAAUCCAACGAGGAAGUUUUUUAACAAGUCGGUCCUUCUAUUUUGAAUAUUAAAUUGGCAGUCGUCACUGUUUUUGCCAUGAGCCCCCGCAGACCGGAUAGGUGUGGUUUAUGUUUCCUUGUACCUUUUUUUUUGGCACUUUUUCUUUCCUCCUAAGUUCUCUGUAGUAGGCAUAUUGAAGUGAACUCAAACCCUCAGGACAGCUGAAAGAAAUCUGUAAGUGGUUUUCAAAGUCUUAUCACGGCCUCGUACAGUUUUUUGAAAGUCUUUGAGAAGCAGCGGAGUAGAAAGGAGCUCAUUGUCUCCCCCCAUGAAGUGUUCUAUUACUCUGUUAUCGAUUGGCUAUGAAAUACUGCUGUUCACACAUGAGCCGCACUUCCCGGCUUUGUCAUGACUCGCUGCUCAGUCCGAUUGUCAGGCUGUAACAUAAACAAGGAAGCAGGUGUAUUUUUACCAUAGGUUAGCGUACCACAGCUCUUUCUUUGCAUUAGUCUCUAUUUUUAAUUCACGUUUUUAUCCAGAGAACUGUAAACUUUCGCAACCCCAGCCGUGAAGUCAGACAUAUCAGCAGGUUAAUGAUCUACAUCCCGUUGGUUGUUGUUUUUGACCCUCUCAGAGUGUCAGACCUUGUAUAUUAUUUUAUACGACCAGAAAAUUCCCCUGAACAACCCAUCAGAACUAUUCUGCGACUUGGACCAUAACUUUGUUUUUAAAGUUGUUUGUGUCUUUCGUCCUCCCUCAUUUCUAUUCUGGCCCUCCUGUAUGAUUUUUCAGUAAUUCUCUCUCUUUAUUGUUGACUUUUUUUUCCUCUUUUAGCUUGUUUUAAAAGUAUCGAUUAAAGCAGAGAUGGGGCUUCCCAUUUAUGUGUCAGUCUCGGUAUAAAAUGUUUCCAGAUAGACAAUUGACACUGUAUUGUAAACUUUUAACAUUCUUUUUAUUUUGUAUGGGUGAAAUAAAGUUCAUAUUUCAAUUAAGAAAAC